CGACAUUCCACAGAGGUUACUUUCUCUCCCUCUGUUCCAACAGCCCGGUCUGUGUCUGCGACGUUGAGCCCGGUGAAUUCGUCCGUCUCAGACAACACACACUCCUUAUCACUCACUAUUGUCACUCUCUUGUUAUAAGAAGACUUCACCGCUGGUGCGCUGUGUUCUGCAGACUUUCUGGCGAUACUAGACGUGUCGCAAACGUCCCAGGUCGCUAAUUCGACAUCUGCUCGUCCUUCCUGAAGUCUCAUUGGAUCAUUUCCAAUUCACACUCCCUCACAAUGCUGUCUCAAUACACUCUGUCGGCACUGGCGGUGCUGGCAUCGCUUGCCCAGCCCGCGCUUGCUCAAGUCUCGACGAAAUGUAAUCCGAUGAACACAACCUGUCCUGCCGAUCCGGCUUUUGGCAUGGACUUCAACUUCAACUUCAACUCUACCCCCUCGACCGAUGUUUGGGAAACCACCGUCGGCCCUGUUACGUACGCCUCCGACAAUGGCGCGGAAUUUACGAUUAGCAAGCAAGGCGACUCUCCCACAAUUCGAUCCAAGUUUUACUUCUUCUGGGGCCGUACCGAGAUCCAUAUGAGGGCCGCCAAGGGAAAGGGAAUUGUGAGCUCCAUGAUGUGGCUCAGCGACACCUUGGACGAGGUUGAUUGGGAAUUCCUUGGCAUCAAGAACGACGCUUUGAGCAACUUUUUCGGCAAAGGUGUUGAGGACUGGCACAACGGUGCCGAGCACCCUGUGACGGGUAGCAUCCAGGAUGACUUCCACAACUACACCUGCGUAUGGACCAAGGAGAAGCUCGAGUGGUGGGUUGACGGCAACAACGUUCGCACUCUCCUCCCCAAGGAUGCAAACAACUCCCUGGCCUAUCCUCAGACACCUAUGCGCCUCAGUCUCGGCAUUUGGGCAGGCGGUGAUCCCCGUAUGGCCGCGGGAACUAGAGAAUGGGCUGGAGGUGACACCGACUACGCCGCCGGCCCGUACACUAUGUAUGUAAAGUCUGCGCAGGUGACGGACUACAGCUCCGGAAAGGAGUACUCUUUUGGAGACAAGACGGGCUCGUGGGAGAGCAUCAAGAUUGCUGCGGGCAACUCAACUGUCAAGGAAGCUCUCCUGGAAGAACCUAGCAAGUCCGUGAGUGAGAAGUUCAACUCGCUCAGCCCAACUGCCAAAACGGCCGUAUAUGCUGGAGGUGUCGGUGUGGGAUGUGCUCUCAUCGCCUUUGGUCUUUGGUACUUCAUUCGCCAGCGUAGACGUGGCGCCAACGAGGCGAACCUUGCCGCUAAGAGAGCCGAAGAAGAGCGACUCGAGCUUGAGGGCUUCCACAAGCGCGGCGUCGACCCUGACUCGUUUGCCGGCGCGACAGGCACCGAGUACAAUGCUGGCGCUUUCAGCAAGAACGGCAUGGUCCAAGAGAACACCUACAGCAUUCCGGCAUCUCAGGAGAAGAGCGCAUGGGGUGCCGCACCUAUGGCUGCGGGCGCUGCUGGUGUUGGUGCUGCUGCUGGCAUGCGAUCAUAUAGCGACAACCCGAAUGGCCACGGCCAGCUCAUGUCUCCCUUGCGUACGCAAAGCCCUGGAAUGCCGCCCUCCGGUCCUCUGCCCAUGGCUCCAAGUCGUAGCGCAUCGCAAGGUGGUUACUCUCGCCUCGGCUCACCCGACGGCCAGCACAGCCCUCCCCCGCCGAUGAGCCCGCCUUCGCAUGGAUACAGCGACAAUGGCUUCGGCGCGCAGCAAGGCUACAACAACGGCGGUUAUGGAGGCGCGAACCAGGGAUACUUCAACAACGGUGGCGCCCAGGGAGGUUUCCGGUAGUGCUGAUGCCAUUUUAUUUUUUGACGUCUUAUCAUUCUUUCCGCCAACGCGCUUGCGGCCUUUUUUUGUUUCUUUUCAGCUAUCAUGCAUGAAUAUCCGAGCGGUUUUCUUUUUUUCCUUACCUCGAGCGGACGAUAUGAUAGGAAGGUAAAGAAAGAGAGUCCUCGAUGGGCGUUUGAUCUGUACAUUACCGGUGCCAAGAUAUCCUCUAUGUAUCUCGCCCUCAUGGCUGGGGGCUAACGAGUUUCAAUAAACGACAUACCCGACUACCCA